GCUGCAGGAGCUGUUCUGACUCGCACUCGCAGGAACAAAAGCUUUUAAACUUCAAAGACAUGAGGAGGCACACGCAGUUGCAGAGGAAAUGGACAACACCAAUCCACUGGAAAUACAUUGAUAAAUAUCUCUAACAUCCCUUUUAUAUAGUGCGACGUCUCAUGGGGUGGGAGGACACUAGCAAUCUGUAAUGCUGAAAUAUGAGAAAACGGAACUAAGCCAGAUGAAUAAAUCACGCAAAAAUAGGACUGUAUGUGCGCUGAGCUCAGAGGAAAAAAGCCUAUUGCCCAGAAACGGGAUUUCUCGAAGUGGCAUGAUAAAAAUUUGAUCCCCAAUUGCCGAUUUGAGGCAAACGUUGGCGCUCACACAUCAGAGUGCCUCAAUGGAUAGGCUACGGAAGAAUGAGAGGCUGGUCGAAGCAACUGUACAUUUUAAGGUUUGAGAACGUUUUUAAGUCUGAACUCUUGAGAGCGACCCUAUUACAGCACCGCUCGGCAAACUGAAGGUAAUAUUGAAAAUGCGGAGGUUCUGCUGGACAACGCUGAGUCUCUCGUGGACUUUAUUCAUCUGUGUCGUCAAUAGAAGUUAUGCACAAGAAAGACAGGGUUACCUAAUUGCCGCUCCCUCUGUGUUCCGUGCUGGCGUGGAGGAGGCUCUGAGUGUCACCAUCUUCAACGCUGUGGAGGAGACGCACGUCCAGGUCCAGCUCUCAGUGAAGGGUGAGAUGGUGGCCCACAGCCAUGGCACUGUACUAGACAAAGGCACAAUCAAAUUAAAGGUCCCUCCUGGUCAGAGAGGCCAGGCUCUUCUAAAGGUGUGGGGGAAUCGCCACAUCACUGAGGGGGGAUACAUCUUCCACAACUACACCACUGUCACUGUGGACAGUAAAGGCACAGCCGUCUUCAUCCAAACAGACAAGCCAGUUUACAAGCCAAAACACAAAGUGCUAAUCAACGUGUACUCUGUCACUCCGGAUCUGAGGCCGGCCAAUGACAAGAUUGAGGCCUACGUUGUGGACCCAAGAGGAUCAAGAAUGGUCCAGUGGAAAGAGCUUAAACCCCUCUGCUGUGGGAUCGUCAACAUGAGCUUCCCUCUCUCUGACCAGCCUGUGUUUGGGGAGUGGUUGGUCUUUGUAGAGAUGCAGGGGCACACCUACAACACAUCCUUUGAAGUGCAAAAGUAUGUGAUGCCCAAGUUUGAGCUGGUGAUAGACCCUCCACGGUACAUUCGGGACCUCAACACAUGUGAACAAGCCACUGUGAGGGCAAAGUAUAUCUUUGGGAAGCCAGUGAUGGGGAAGAUGACAGUGAACAUGACAGUGAAUGGAGUUGGGUACUACCGACAUGAGGUGGGCCACCCUGUGGUUAAGACCAUGGAGAUCAAAGCGUCAGCAACCUUUAGCGUGUGUGUCAAAGACAUGAUGCCCCUGGAUGUGGCCGAUCACUUCCGGGGCACAGUGAACAUGUGGGUGUCCGUGAGAAGCACAGACGGAGGGCAGCAGACCAUGUUUGAUGACUCCACGCCGGUUCAUAAGCAGCUCAUUGACAUCAAAUACUCCAAGGACACACGCAAGCAGUUCAAGCCUGGUCUGCCUUACAAGGGAAAGGUAGAGGUAACCUACCCUGAUGGGAGUCCAGCGGAUGGGGUGCGGGUGCGUGUGAAGGCAGAGCUGACCCCCAAGGACAAUGUGUACACCAGCGAGCUGACGUCCAAAGACGGUCAGGUCAUGUUUGAGAUCCCCUCCAUCCCCACGGCAGCCCAGUACGUCUGGCUGGAGACCAAGGUGACUGCCAUAGAUGGCCGUCCAGCUGGAGACCAGUACCUCCCAAACUACCUAUCCAUCAGCAGCUGGUACUCGCCUAGCAAAUGUCACAUCCAGAUCCAAAGUCUCAGUGCUCCUCUCCAGAUCGGUGAGGAGGCUGAAGUCACUCUGAAGUCAACCUGUCCCUGUAACUUCACCCUCCACUAUGAGAUCGCCUCCAGAGGUAACAUUGUCCAGUCUGGCCAGCAGCAGCCCAACGCCACUGCUCGCAGAAACAAGCGGGCAGCGGUCACCUUCGACAAGAACGUCCACACCACCCUGCCGCCCGCUAGCUCCGGGGCCUCCACUCAGGCAGAGACGGACAGCUGUAUGGCGCUGCUGCGUUUCACUGUGACCCACAGCAUGUCACCGCUCAGCCGCCUCCUGGUCUACUAUGUUAGGGAGAACGGAGAGGGCGUCACUGACAGUCUGCAGAUUCCCGUGCAGCCCAGCUUUGAGAACCAGGUGUCCGUGUCUCUGUCUGCCAACAAGUCGAUGCCAGGUGACCCUGUCAGUCUGCGUGUUAUUGGUGAGAAGGGCUCCUGCGUAUGUGUCGGCACCGUGGACAAGAGCCUCUACCUUCUCAAACCAGACUUCCAGCUCAGUCCAGACAAGGUGUUUAAAGAACUGGCAGACUUUGACGUGUCCGAUGCCUUUGGAGUACCCAAAGAUGACGGCCACUUCUGGUGGCCAGGGCUGUCAUCUAAGCGACGGAGGCGUUCUUCAGUGUUCCCAUGGCACUGGGAAAUCACUAAAGAUGCCCGCUUUGCCUUCACGGAGACUGGUCUUGUGGUGAUGACUGACAUGGUGAGUCUGAACCACAGACAGAGUGAGGAGAUGUACACGGACGAGGCCGUUCCUGCCUUUCAGCCACACACGUCCACACUGGUGGCAGCUAUGCACUCUCGCCCUGUGCCCAGAGCAGAGAAGCGCAGGCGGACGUUCUUCCCAGAGACCUGGGUGUGGCACUGCCUCAAUGUCAGUGAUGUGACCGGGGAAGCUGAGUUGCAAUUGGAUGUUCCAGACUCCAUUACAACCUGGGUGACAGAAGCUAUUGGCUUGUCAGUGGAAAAGGGGCUGGGCCUUGCCAAGAAGGUGGAGCUUCUUACAUUCAAGCCCUUCUUUGUGGACUUCACCCUCCCUUACAGUGUGACUCGCGGGGAGCAGACCAAAGUCCCGCUGACUGUUUACAACUACCUUUCUGCCUGCGCCGAGGUCCAUAUAAAGGUUACUGUUCCCAAAGGCAUCAAGUUUGUCGGCCACCCUGGGAAACAUCACCUGACCAGAAAGAAGUGUGUGGCUCCUGGAGAGGCAACACCCACAUCCAUCGUGUUGUCCUUCACUGAGCUGGGCUCUGCCAACAUCACAGCGCGGGCCAUUGCUUAUAGCGAGCCUGGCUGCUGUUCUGAUGGACUCCAAGCAACAAAAACAGGCAAAAACACAGAUGACCCGGAAGACAGGAGGACCCCCACUGGCCUUGACUAUGUCCGCAGGAGUGUCCUUGUGGAGCCAGAGGGCCUGCCCAGAGAGUACACCUACAGUGUCUUCUUCUGCCCCAACGGUCAGUAUGGAGUUCUAUGUCGUAUUACAGCUACAACAGAACGGAUACACAUCUCCACACCCAACAAGUAUGAGUAUCAAUAUGUCAAGAAGCCGGCUAAGAUGACCUGCUUCGAGGUGGCCGUGAAGACCCACAACGAUGCCCACUUCGCCCUCUCACCCGGCCCCCACGACAGUGCUGAGAUGCUGGAGAUUGUGCUUGGGGGCAGACAGAACACCCGCAGUUGGAUUUCCCUUGGCAAGAUGGGCGAGCCAGUGGUCAGUGCCUCCACACCAGGCAUCCUCUCCUGGGAUGAGUUUCGUAGCUUCUGGGUCAGCUGGAAGGAUGGCGUGGUGCAGGUGGGACAUGGCUUGCAGCCAUCCAAUGAGUCGAUGAUCCUGCAAUGGUCCAGCACCCUCCCUGGGCAGGUGCGUCACAUUGGUUUUUCCACGGGCUGGGGCUCAGUCGGGGAGUUUAAGAUCUGGAGGAAGGAGGACUCUGAUGAGAACCACAACGAGGCCUUCACCCUGGGCGUCCCUCACAAUGUGGUGCCUGGCUCUGAGACUGCCACCGCCUCCAUGAUAGGGGACGUGAUGGGCCCCACUCUCAACAACCUGGACAAGCUGCUGCGACUGCCCUUUGGCUGUGGAGAGCAGAACAUGAUCCACUUUGCCCCCAACGUUUUUGUCCUGAAGUACCUGCAGAAGACCAGGCAGCUCAGCAGCGAGGUGGAGGCUGAGGCCACAGACUACCUGCUGCAAGGCUACCAGAGACAGCUGACCUAUAAGCGCCAGGAUGGAUCCUACAGUGCCUUUGGAGAGAGGGACUCCUCUGGAAGCAUGUGGCUGACAGCGUUUGUGUUGAAAUCUUUUGCUCAGUCUCGUGGGUUCAUUUUUAUUGACCCAGAGGAGCUGCGUGCUGCCAAGGCGUGGCUCAUCAACCACCAAAGAGAGGAAGGCUCCUUCCCCGCCAUGGGACGCAUCCUCAAUAAAGACCUGCAGGGAGGAAUCCAUGGAAAGAUCUCAUUGACGGCGUAUGUGGUUGCAGCCCUCCUGGAGACCGGAAUUACUACAGAGGAGGAGAAAAUGGCUGUGAGCAAGGCAAAGGGUUUCCUAGAGAGUAACACAUACUCGGCUGAUGACCCGUAUACCACAGCCCUGUCUGCCUACACCCUGGCCCUGUUACGAAGCCCAUACGCCCCUCUCGCUCUCAGACGCCUCAACCACAUGGCCAUCACACAAGAUGGAUUCACCCACUGGAGUCUGACAGGCAGCACAGUCACAGAUGAGGAUACCUUCAUGGGCUUCAGUGAUGGCCUUACUCAGUCAGUGGUGUCAGCUGAGGUGGAGAUGACAGCAUAUAGCCUGCUGACGUACACCCUGCUGGGUGAUGUAGCUUCCGCCCUGCCUGUGGUCAAGUGGCUCUCCCAGCAGAGGAACGCUCUUGGGGGAUUCUCCUCCACACAGGACACGUGUGUAGCUCUUCAGGCCUUGUCUGAGUACGCCAUCCUAUCAUAUGUGGGAGGAGUAAAUCUUACCAUCUCUUUGGCCUCCACCAACCUGGACUUUCAGGAGAGCUUUGAACUACAUCGCGACAACCAAAAGAUCCUGCAGAGUGCCUCGAUCCCCAGUAUUCCCACAGGGCUGUUUGUCAGUGCUAAAGGCGAGGGCUGCUGUCUUAUGCAGAUUGAUGUAUCCUACAACGUACCCGACCCUGUGGCCAAACCAGCCUUCCAGCUCAAGAUAGACCUGAAGGAACCCAAGCAGGAGCGCAACCCGCCAGCACCGCGCCCCUCCCACCAUGCUAGUCUUCACUCCAGUUCCCGUGAUGACAACCGCUCAGAGCUGAACCGUAAACGCCGGACGCCCAACGAUGAUGAUGACCCCGCAGCCCACCAAGACAGCCUGGACCACCGCAUCACCCUGGAAGCCUGCGCGAGGUGGCUUCAUUCAGGUUCUUCUAAUAUGGCUGUCUUAGAGGUCCCUCUGCUGUCAGGUUUCCGAGCCGAUGUGGAAAGUUUGGAGAGGCUGCUGAUGGACAAGAGGGUUGGCCUGAAGAGGUAUGAAGUUGAUGGAAGGAAGGUCCUCUUCUACUUUGACGAGAUCCCCAGUCAGUGUAUGACGUGUGUGGCCUUCCAGGCUGUCAGGGAGUUCAUAGUGGGAAAGACAGCGCCUGUUCCGGUCAAGGUGUACGACUACUAUGAACCAGCGUUUGAGGCGACCCGCUUCUACAACGUGAGUGAGAGCAGUCCCCUGGCCCGCGAGCUAUGUGAUGGUACCACCUGCAAUGAGGUGGAGAGCUCUACUAAUCAGUGGACAGGCUUUGUCCAGGGGAACCAAUGUAACAAUGUGUUUGACUGCCUGGGGGAGGAGCAGUUUGAGCGUUGCACUUGCUACAGGGACUGUGGCUAUGAUGGAGAGCCGGUUUGUGGCUCAGACGGCCAUCUCUACCAGAACCAGUGCCAGAUGGAGGUCUUCGCCUGCCGGAAUGGGACCCGCAUAGAACAAGUGUCUAUGUCCCAGUGUCCUCAGAUGGAUUCCACCACAGAGGACCGUGAGGUAGCUACAGGCCAGGAACCAGAGCAAGCUCCUAUGUCUGUACACACAGGUGAAGAGGAGCAGAGUUCCAUGGCUGAGGUGUCCUACUACUCCUACGAAUACGAGCCAGACUCCGAACCCUUCCCUGCCGAGGAGGAGGACCGCGUUGAGCUGGCCACAGGGGAACCGGAGGGGGGGCAGGAACGUCCAUCAGCUAGCCAGCUACUCACACUGGACCCAAAGGACCCCACUGAGCGAUGAAACUGCCCUUGACUGCAACACCAGCCAGAGCUCCAAAUUGUACAUUGUUUGUGAAUAUGUUAGAGUAAAAGAACGAGGAGAAGGAGUAGGGACUGCCCCACCUGAUGGAAAAAUAUCUUGGUGUCUGGAGUUUGUGUAUGUGUGCGUAUGAAUGACCGGAAGACUGUGUGUGUUUGUGUGUGUGUUUGUAUGUAUGUGUGUGUUUGUGUGCGCGUGCUAGUAAUCUUCAGCCCUCUGUGUUUCUCUAUCUUUUAUAUAUGCAGUCACUUCAUCACCAGUAGACACCAUAGCGUCUUUAAUAUUCACUGUAGUACCUUUACAGUUGUAAUCUCUAGAUGAAAUAAUCAAGUAUUUAUAUUUGUAAUUACACCUGAGUUAAAACAAA